AUGUUAAUUUUUAGACCUCUGACCAACAGUAAUUUUCCAACAAAUCUGAGGGGACAGCGCGUACGCAGUCCCCACUACCAAAAAUUACGCAUCCGAGUUAUCCACAUUAGGGAUAAUCGCAGGGGUCAACCCUACCGCAGUGCAAUGGUAGGAUCUCGCCCUGGGGGAACCGCCUUCUUGAUCACGGUAUCCCCUAUGCCAGAUCUGAGGGGACGGCGUGUACGCAGUCCCCACUACCAAAAAUUACGCAUCCGAGUUAUCCACAUUAGGGAUAAUCGCAGGGGUCAACCCUACCGCAGUGCAAUGGUAGGAUCUCGCCCUGGGGGAACCGCCUUCUUGAUCACGGUAUCCCCUAUGCCAGUGUGGGAGAGCCAUGCUUCUGCACGAAUGGGUCGGCUCGACCGGAGUGAUACCACGGCCUCACAGAAAACCGGCGUGAAAUAA